GUUGCACGUCUGUGUUAUUGUGAUCUGUAACAUUGAUUAUUUUUUCUGAUUAAGUUUUGUUUAGGCAUUGUACAAUGUUUAUUUGAAUAUCCACUAAUGUAGGGAAAAAUGAAACGGUUAAGAUUGGAUUUGGAGUCGGCUUUCGAAGAAUUGGCGCAAUCGAAAGUGGAGAUGAAAAAAACCGUCGCUGAAGGCCUCGACGUAGACUAUGUUCAAGUGUUGCCCAAGGUGUUGGCUGACGAAUUGUUCCAGCAACUCCAGGAAAACGUGGAAUACCUCGAAGGAGACCUCAGCAAGGUAAAAGUCUUUGGAAGAUGGCAUGAAAUACCACGCCAGCAAGCAGCUUACGGUGAUCAAGGAUUAAAGUACACUUUUUCGGGAAUAACUAUACCAGCCAAGCCUUGGAUCCCCCAACUCGAAACUGUAAGGAAUUUUUUACAAAAAGUCACAGGCUUUUACUUUAAUUUUGUCUUAGUAAAUAGAUAUAGAAAUGGCAAAGAUCAUAUUAGUGAACACAGAGAUGCUGAACCUGAAAUAGACAAGAAUGCUCCCAUAGCUUCCGUAUCUUUAGGGCAGUGCAGGCAGUUCGUGUUGAAACACGGUGAUGCCAGAAAAAAAGGGAAUGAUAAACGAAAUAUAUCCCCCAUUAAAAUUGAUUUAAAACAUGGAAGCCUUCUGUUGAUGAAUCCUCCUACCAAUAUGUUGUGGUAUCAUUCAGUACCUCCUAGAAAAAAUGCUGAUGGAAUUCGAAUAAAUUUAACAUUCAGGAAAAUAAUUAUUUAAAGAUUAUGUUGUUUAAUCUAAUAUAUUGUAUGUCAAAGACCUUAUUAAUUAAUAAAGGUAUAAUGCUUUC